ACUGUUGCCUCCAACCGCAAGUAUCCAACUGGUUGCUAACUGAAGACUUAUGACUCUCGAGAGCGACCCACUUUCUAUGCAUAGCCGGUAGUGUCUACAGUUUGGUUUCGUGUAAAAAUUAAACAAGUUCAAAGUAUUUAAGCCGAAAAAGAAAGAAUGAGAUCGAUAUUCGUAACCGGUAGCAAUCGUGGUCUUGGUUUAGGAUUAAUUAAACACCUGGUCCAGUCUAGUAAACCACCGGAAUACAUAUUCGCAACAUGUCGGAAUCCUGACAAGGCUCUGGAGCUCAAGGAAAUCGCUCAGAAAUCCGGGGGAGUACAUAUCAUUAAACUAGAUCUCACGGACAUCGAUAGUUACAAAAAUGUGGUGAAAGUUGUCGAAGAAAAACUCGCCGGUCGUGGACUGAAUGUGCUUGUUAACAAUGCCGGAAUAUCGAGUAAAUUUGCAAGACUUAAUUACGUUAAAGAGAAACAAUUGACCGAAGCCUUCAUGACAAAUUCAGUCGCACCAAUAUUACUCGCAAAGGAAUUACUUCCUUUACUAAAAAAAGCAGCCAGCAAUGCGACUGAUAAGAAAUCAAUGAGUGUCGAGCGUGCCGCAAUCAUUAACAUGACCUCCAUUCUUGGUAGCAUUACUGAAAAUGAUCAAGGCGGUUUCUAUCCUUACCGAUGUAGCAAGGCAGCUCUCAAUGCAGCAACAAAGUCAAUGAGCAUUGAUUUGAAGGAUGAUGGCAUUUUGGUAGUCUGUUUGCAUCCUGGAUGGGUUCGCACGGAUUUAGGUGGGAAAAAUGCACCGAUAGAUGUUGAUACAAGCAUUCAAGGAAUUUUAUCAACUCUCGAUACCCUCACGGAAGCGCAAACUGGAUGUUUCUUACAGUACGACGGAAAGAUGUUACCUUGUUCUUUCUUCCUUGACCUCGUAUUCCGUUACCUCAAGGCGAUUCGGAGUUGUGCAAAUUCUAAAAAUUAUAUCUAUAUUUAUAUUUCUAUAUUUGUGCGUAUGUAGAAAUGAGUAAGGCUAUAUUAGUUCACGUCGAUAUAACCUAGGUAAUAGGAACAUAAAAUUUAUAUCCGCUACUGAACCAUGCACAAUCGACUGUAGGCGUUGUUAGUCAAGGACGCUAAAAAAUGACUUCUCUUCAGUGACUGUAUUUAGGUGAAGGUCAUGGUCAUAUUACGUAAGCGAGCAAUUUUUUCUUCUUUUUUCCAUUGCGCUCUUGAUACUUUCACUUGCAGAUGCUGCGAAACCAGACAAAGUCUGUUCUUGAAGUGAUUUGGAUAAAGAAAUUUGUGAAUGUUAUGAAAGGAAUGUAGUAUUUUUUUUCUAUUGUAAGAUAUUGUACGGUGUAAUAAACUUUUUUUUAUCAGCA